GGCGUCUCGUCUUCCUACAACGGGUUCGAUGGCUACACGAUUACGCAACGUGAUAUGGAGCGCAUGGUACGCAAUCGAAUGGCGAAAACUGGCCCCGCUACGAACGUCUCCCGUCCGGUUUCGACUCCGCCUACUAUGCCGUCACAACCGCUGCCUGCGCACUCUGUCAAGCGUACUCUCGAUCCUCCGCAGCAGCACUACGCACCUGGUCAAGGUCCCCCACCCAAGAAAGGCUUCCUUGCUGUCCCCGUUCUUCGCUCCCAACAUGCCGUUUCAGAAGGCAUUGCCGCGCCUAGUCAAAAAUUCAGUCAUCCGAAUGCGCCAGCCGACAACAAAAAGGACAGGAGACUCAGCCUCGAAGCCGCGCGCCAUGGCGUACACAACCUCGAUCUGUCAGCCUCCGCGCUCAAGGGCAUCGGCAGUCUCCCCGACGAAGGUAUUUCACCGGGCCACGCGAAGUGGGCGGGCAUAUCUCCAACCUACGCAGAGAAGCUGUUGCAGAUGAGGGAGGCGUUCGUGGCGACGGGUGGGGAGCUUACGAAGACUGUGAAGGAGAUGGAUGAGGAAGAGAGGAGGAGUUGGCUUAUCAGGAGCAGGGUUGCGACUACGGGGAAUAGGGGGAGGAGGCAGGGUAUGCGGCAAGAUCAGGCUGAGCUUAGGGGCGUGCCAAAGCGGAUGGUAGAUGCGACGGCCAGUUGGGAGCAUCGGUUUCGGCACCUUCAGCAAGACACACGACCGCGGUCCUCUAUUCCGCGUUCUGACAUCCGCUUUAUUGAACUUGAAGAUUCGGAGUAUCAGCCCUUCGACAUGCGAGAGGUCCUCGAUACCGUGCGGACGUCGUACGACUUCACCUGGUCGGAGAGUGAGGACGGAGUGUUACCGCCAUCCACGCCGGAGGCACUGCAGAUGUGUGAUCGGGAUGAGGAUGGCGGGUACCGUGCGCCGGAGCCACGAGGCCUCGGCGAGCAUAGGGCUGAGCUUCUGUGGCUGCUCAAGGCGUGCGGGAGGAAUCAGGAGCUAGGCUGGGUGCAGGAUGAGGAUGGGGAGUGGAGGCGUCCACGGUCCGCUGGUGAGCUUGAGACGUUAAAGGUGCAUGCGCCGUCCUCCUUCUAGGCUGAGAUUGUCGUUGGGGAUCAAUUGCUGAGGUGGUUGGGUGUGGUUUGGUGAUCGGAGAUGUCCAUUCAAAGGUGGGACUGAUGUGGACGGGACAGCGGGAUGGCAGUUCGUACGGAGUAAGGCUUGCAACGGUACCCAUGAGGCUUAGGUAUACGGCUUUAUCUUUGGGUGGGCCUUCUUCUGCGAGGA